AUGACAGACUCGCCCAUGUCGUCAAAAAUCGGCCAUGGCCUCGCAAAGGUCCUAGGAAUUGAUCUCACCCCAGCUGUCCUUGCGAGAAAUCCUCCCUUGGAUAUUCCAAAAGAGUCAACCUCUGAGGGUGGAUCUAUCCGGUCAACGUCCUCGGAUGCAUACAUUGAGGAGGAACCUACAAUAGUUGAGUGGAUUGGGGAGUUCAAGCCAACUGCCCCAGGAGCCGCAGAAUAUGUCAUGAGCCUGUUCCCUUUCAUUAGUUGGAUUCACAGGUAUAACAGGAAAUGGCUUUAUGGUGAUCUGGUCGCUGGUAUUACUGUUGGAUGUGUCGUCAUUCCUCAAGGAAUGGCAUAUGCAAAGCUUGCAAAUCUCCCUGUUGAAUUCGGUCUUUAUUCGUCGUUUGUCGGUGUGAUGAUCUAUUGGUUCUUUGCAACCUCUAAGGAUAUCACCAUUGGCCCCGUUGCUGUUAUGUCAACCCUUGUCGGUAAUAUUGUCGCAAACUCACCUGACCUCCCCGCACAAGCUGUCGCCUCUGGGCUGGCACUUGUAGCUGGAGGUAUUGUUACUGCGCUAGGACUGCUACGCCUCGGUUUUGUGGUUGAAUAUAUCCCACUCACUGCCAUUGCCGCGUUCAUGACCGGAUCUGCUAUUAGUAUUGCUGCAGGCCAGGUUUCCAAUUUGAUGGGCAUGUCGGGUUUCAAUACUCGUGGCCCUACAUAUCUUGUUAUCAUCAACAGUUUGAAGCAUCUCCCAAGCACAAAGAUAGAUGCUGCUAUGGGCUUGUCGGCGUUAUUUCUCCUAUAUCUUUUGAGAUGGGUCACCACCGGGUUUUUGACCAAGAGAUACCCGCGUCAACAGAAGACUUGGUUCUUCCUGGCUACUCUGAGGACUGCUUUCGUUAUCUUGCUCUAUACCAUGAUCUCGUGGUUGGUGAAUCGAAACAGGAAGUCCCACCCUCGUUUCAAAAUUCUCCAGAAGGUCCCCAGCGGGUUCCAGCAUAUGGGUGUUCCAGUUGUCAACGCUGAGAUCUUUGCAUCAUUCCGUGCAGAACUCCCAGCCACGGUCAUUGUCAUGUUGAUUGAGCAUAUCGCUAUCUCAAAGUCUUUUGGUAGGAUCAACAACUACACAAUCAACCCCUCACAGGAAAUGAUCGCAAUUGGUAUCACAAAUAUCUUUGGCCCCUUCUUCGGUGGAUAUCCCGCAACUGGUUCAUUCUCCCGUACUGCCAUCAAGUCCAAGGCUGGAGUCCGAACCCCCUUCGCCGGAGUUGUCACUGGAAUUGUCGUCCUCCUAGCCAUCUAUCUCCUCACCAGUGUCUUCUACUAUAUCCCCAACUCAUCCCUCUCGGCCGUCAUCAUCCACGCUGUUGGCGAUCUCAUUACCCCGCCGAACACAGUCUAUAAGUUUUGGCUUGUUUCUCCCCUGGAAGUGAUUAUCUUUUUCGCUGGAGUCAUCGUCACAAUCUUCACCACCAUCGAAAAUGGAAUCUACGUUACCGUUGCCGUAUCUGCUGCCGUCCUGUUAUUCCGCAUCGCAAAGGCCAAGGGCCACUUUUUGGGCCGUGUCAAAAUUCACUCGGUUCUCGGAGAUCACCUCCUCGGUGGGGGCAACGACGAAAGCCCCCGCCAAAGCAGGGAUUCACCCCGCGGGGCCUCAUUCCCCCUGGAGACCAAGCGCAGCCCCGCCAAAAAGUCCCUCGGGAGAAGCUUGGACCUCACAAGUUCUAGGAAUGUCUUCCUUCCAUUCGACCACAAGGACGGUUCAAACCCCGGUAUUGAGGUUGUCAGUCCGUAUCCAGGUGUUUUCAUUUACCGCUUCUCGGAAGGAUUUGUUUACUCAAAUGCCGCACACUACACCGAGUACCUCGUUGCGCACAUCUUCCAGACGACCCGCCCCACCAACCCCGCGCUCAUGCCCGAACCCGGUGACCGCCCAUGGAACGACCCCGGCCCCAAGAUGGGAACCGCCGCUGCCGCAGACACCCGCCCCACGCUCAAGGCUAUCAUCCUCGACUUUUCGUCAGUCAACAACGUCGACAUCACCUCCGUGCAGAAUCUCAUUGACGUGCGCAAUCAACUCGACCGUUAUGCAUCCCCGGAGAAGGUGGAAUGGCAUUUUGCGGCCGUCAAUAACAGAUGGACAAGGCGUGCGCUUGCUGCUGCUGGAUUUGGGUUCCCGACGGAGGAGUUCAAGGCUGGGAAGAAGGGAUGGACACCAGUGUUCAGCGUUGCCGAGUCGGUGGAGAUCCAGGCGGAGGAGAUCGAUGAGAAGGCAGGCUUUGAUGAGGAGGCUGGGAAACCGUUGACUUCCGAGUCUACGAGGAGUAGUGAUGAGGUGGCGCCAGUGUCGCUGGGAGUGUUGGCAGCGGGUGGACCAAAGAGAAAGGUGCUGGGAAGUGUGAAGAGGCCGUUCUUUCAUCCAGAUAUCGAUGGGGCGUUGCAAAGUGCGAUCAGGAGUAUUGAGAGUUAG